AGAUGCUGCCUAUGCAAGUGGACAAUCCAGAUGUGGGUGUGUAAUUGGGAAGGUCCGACCCCGCCCUGAAGACGGGGCUCCUUCCACCCUGCGCCCGGCUCGCACCGCACUGUCUCCGGCUCCAGCUCCAGCCGAGUCCCGGUCCCGGGGGCGGCGAGGAGGAGGGACUGCAGUGUCGCCUCGUUGGGGGCGGGGUGUUGGGUGCGGACGGCGGGAGCCCCGAGAGCGGAGCCGGCGCUGGUGUCGCUUCAGCCCGGGCUAGUGGAGGGAGGCAAGCGCCGCCGAUGGGAACCCGGCACUCGAGCCGGUGUAGCUUCCGCCGGACCCCGCGUAGCGCCGAGGCCGGCACUGAGGUGUCCAGUGAUUCUUCGGAACCUCUGCCUAUCACCCAGCCACGACAGUGCACCCCCACUCUGCAGAAAUCGCAGACACCCACCCAUGCAGCGGUGCAGCUGAGGGUCCCGACUUCAACGCAGAGAUUGGGUCAGACACCGGUUCAGGCAGCGGGGCAAGAGAGGGAGAUCGCGGCGCAAACGGCUGGGUCAGCGGCUCAGGCCAUAGCUCAAACAUGUUGCCUGGGGAAAAGACGAGAAGCUAAAUUGUUCCCUCCCGAUGAAAUGACUUCGAGAGAUUACUACUUUGACUCGUAUGCACAUUUUGGCAUCCAUGAGGAAAUGUUAAAAGAUGAAAUUCGAACCCUGACGUACAGGAACUCCAUCUACCACAACAAACAUGUGUUUAAGGGCAAGACCGUGCUGGACGUGGGCAGCGGAACGGGAAUAUUAGCAAUGUUUGCUGCCAAAGCAGGAGCCAAGAAAGUGUUUGGAAUUGAAUGUUCCAGCAUCUCGGAUUAUUCUCAGAAGAUCAUCAAAGCAAACCACCUGGACAAAAUCAUUGUGAUUUUUAGUGGGAAGGUGGAGGAGGUGCAGCUCCCUGUGGACCAGGUGGACAUCAUCAUCAGUGAGUGGAUGGGCUACUGCCUCUUCUACGAGUCGAUGCUGAACACAGUGAUCUACGCACGGGACAAGUGGCUGAAACCCGGGGGGCUGAUGUUUCCGGACCGAGCCACUCUGUACAUUGUCGCCAUUGAAGACCGGCAGUUCAAGGACUUCAAGAUUCACUGGUGGGAGGACGUAUACGGGUUUGACAUGACGUGCAUCAGGAACAUGGCCAUCAAGGAACCUCUGGUGGACAUGGUGGACCCGAAGCAAGUGGUGACCAACGCCUGCCUCAUCAAGGAGGUGGACAUCUACACUGUGAAGACAGAGGAUCUGUCCUUCUCUUCGACUUUCCGCCUACAGGUUCAGAGGAGUGAAUAUGUCCAUGCUCUGGUCACAUAUUUUAACAUCGAAUUUACAAAGUGUCACAAGAAAACUGGAUUUUCAACAGCUCCUGACGCCCCGUACACACACUGGAAGCAGACGGUGUUUUACUUGGAAGACUACUUGACGGUGAAAUUGGGAGAGGAGAUCUGUGGGGCCAUCACAGUGAAUCCCAAUCCGAAAAACAAUCGUGACCUGGAUUUCACAGUGGAGCUCAAUUUCAGGGGCCAGUUGUGUGAAGCAUCGCUGUCUCAUGAUUACAAGAUGCGGUAACUGCUUUGCAAACCUUUGCAUCACAUUGGUCUUGUUCCAGUGCUAUCAAUAUAGGACGUGUGAUCCAGCAACUAAUAAUACUCAACACAAGAUUCCUCUUCUGGAGAAAUGAACAUCCAUUUAGUUCCUUUGGGCUGAUGCAAUGCACUAGGUUCCACUGAAUCAUGGACAUACAACAACAUUCCCAGCAUCAAAAUAAAACAGUUACUUGUUACAAGAGCUCUGUUUGUAGAAGCAUUCAUGAUCCAAGAAUUAAUACAAGACUGAGGUGACAGAGUGGAUGAGGUGGACUGAAAUGCUUGUUUCCGUGCUGUACAGCUCUGUGACCCUAUGACUUUAUCUUGGUAAAUUGUUGGCUGCUUCACCUCUGCUUGAAAGAUGUGUUUAACAUUUUUUCUAUAAUGUUUCUGAGACAUUUUGACAUAUAGACAGCUCUUCGUGAGAAAUUAAAUGUGGUAAUUGUUAAGUUUUCAUUCAUUAUAAUUCACAUGACAGACGGAACCAGCUGGUGGUCAUCCUAAAGGGAGAGGAGCAGCAGGACAGGGGCCAUAGGGCAAGGACUCCAGAUCCCUGAUCCCCACUCCCGACCCUGGCUCAUGGGACACAGUCUCCAGACUGAAGCAAGGUUCUAACCCGGAACGUCACCUAUCCCUUUUUCUCUAGAGAUGCUGCCUGACCCGCUGAGUUACUCCAGCUUUUUGUGUCCAUCACUGGACUCCUGAUCAUUCAUUCCCUGGUGGUCAGGCAAUUAGAAUUCAGAGAUUAUAAAUCUCUCAAUUACAGCUUAGUCCAUUUAAAGAGAAAAGAUAUUUGCCUUAUACAUUUGCUGAAAUGUUCUCCAUAUUGUUGUGUACAAUUCGUACAAAGAUCGUACGUUAUUCAGCAAAGGAUUAAAUUCUAUUUGUACAACUUGCACUUAACUUGCUUUUAAUGACUACGUUUUGUGUAAAUGAAUAGUGUGCACUUUUGUUGUGCAUACGCACCUGUUGUAAAUGUGUAGUGUGCACGUAUGUUGCAUGUAGGACACGUGUUUUAAUCUCUGACCUGGCAUGCUCCUGCAGUGAAAUAUCAGCAUCAUUGGCAGGAAACUACGAUACGUUAU